AUGGCUUCUAGGGAUUUCCUGGGAAGGUUUGGACGGGAUGGAGGGCCAGCGCCUGCUGUUGGCGCCGCCGCAGGGGCCGGCGGGGAGUCGGACGAGAUCGAGCUCAGCCUCGGCCUGUCCCUCGGAGGCUGCUUCGGCGCCGACCCAUCGCAGGAGGGGAAGAAGCCGCGGCUCCAUCGCUCGUCCUCCAUCGCCUCGAUCUGCUCCUUGCCAGCUGCCACCAGCUGCGGGGCGCAGGCGCAGGACGCCGCCGCCGCUACCGUGCCUCCGCCGGACCAGCUGCUCCGCACCUCCUCUCUCCCCGCCGAGUACAUGGAGGACCGGCUCCGCCGCCGGGCGAUGCAGAGCCAGCGACGCCUCGAGGCCAAGCGCAAGCGCCUCGAGCGCCGGAACUCGGGCAGGCCAGUUCUGGCGGCUGGUGGUGGCGCCGCCGCCCGCGACAAAGGCCUUGAGCACACCGUGCCCAGCGGCUUCCAGCUCCACCGUACGGUCGCCGCCUUGACGACCGCGGGUUCGCCAACGCCAAGCCGGCCGCAGCAAGGACUGGCGGAACGCCGAGCGGAGGCGAGCAGCCCGGCGGGCGCUCCCACGUCGUCGGACGGCGUGAGCGUCGGGCAGAGCAGCAGCUCCCUUGUCCCGAAGGAGACAACAACCUCCGGAGGAAGGCCGUCGUCGGACAGCAACGCGGCCUGCCACGAGCCGCAGCAGCCGCCGGCGCCGCUGCGCACGCUGCGGUCGCUGACGAUGCGGACGGCGAGCACGGGCGACCUCCGGAACACCAUGGCGGAGGACAUGCCGAUGGUGUCGUACAAGGCGGCGGAGAGCUCCAGCGGCGGCGGUGGCCGGAAGACCGACGGGUUCCUGUACAAGUACAGGAAGGGGGAGGAAGUGAGGAUCGUGUGCGUCUGCCACGGCAGCUUCCUCACGCCCGCCGAGUUCGUCAAGCACGCCGGCGGCGGCGAGGUGACCAACCCGCUGCGCCACAUCGUCGUCAAUCCGCAGCAGUCGGUGUUCCUGUAG